CAGACCCCGAUCCUGGCCUGAAGAAGGGAGCCGGACUGUCCAAAUCUAAGGUCCUUCAGGUCCAUAAGCAGAGCAGUUCGGCAUCAAGCUUUCACCCGAGGACGCUGAGAUGAAAACAAUAGAAGAGCCAACCUCGGGUCUUGGGCAGACCCUGGAGUGGCUGAGAAAAGAGCUGGCUGAGAUGCAGGACCAAGACCAGAGACUCCUGCUUACACUGAGGCACCUUCGCAGCGUCCUGGAGGAGCUCCGCGCAGAGAGUGUCCACUGGGAGGAUGCCAGGUCGAGUGGCGGGACCUCCCCCAUCAGAGCUCGAGCAGGCUCUGAAGGCAGGGGCCGCCAACCCUUUCCCUCCAGGGGCCUGGCCCACCUCCUUCAAGGGGUAGACAGCAGACGAAGUUCCCUCCCUUAACAGGCUGGAGAUGACCUUGACUUUAAA